AUGGCUAAUAAAGUCUUUAACGUUGCGGUUUUCUUCGUUGUCUUCCGUGAAUGUUUAGAAGCUGUGAUUGUUGUUUCCGUGUUGCUGUCGUUCUUAAGACAAGCCAUUGGUGAAAAGGAUUGGGCUCUGUACAAGAGAUUGAGAAAACAGGUUUGGAUUGGUGUUGUUGCAGGUUUCAUUAUUUGUUUAGCUAUCGGUGGUGGUUUCAUUGGUGCUUACUAUUCUUUGCAAAAUGAUAUUUUUGGUUCAGCAGAGGAUUUAUGGGAAGGUAUUUUCUGUAUGAUCGCUACUGUGAUGAUCAGUAUUAUGGGUAUUCCGAUGUUGAGAAUGAACAAAAUGCAAAGUAAAUGGAGAAUUAAGAUUGCCAAGUCACUUGUGGAAAUCCCCCAAAGGAAGAGAGAUUACUUCAAAUUGGGGUUCAUUGGUAGACGUUACGCGAUGUUCUUGUUGCCUUUCAUCACUGUGCUAAGAGAAGGUUUGGAAGCUGUUAUUUUCGUUGCUGGUGCAGGUAUCACUACUCAAGGUUCUCGUGCCACGGCUUACCCAUUGCCUGUCUUUGUUGGAUUACUUGCAGGUGCUGCUGUUGGUUUCCUGUUGUUUUACGGUGCUUCUCGUUCUUCUUUGCAAGUCUUCUUGGUUAUCUCUACUUGUAUCCUAUACUUGAUUUCUUCUGGUCUUUUCUCCAGAGGUGCAUGGUAUUUCGAGAACUACAGAUUUAACAAGGCUACUGGAGGUGAUGCUAGUGAAAGUGGUGAUGGUAAUGGUUCUUACAACAUCAGAAAAGCUGUUUACCACAUCAACUGUUGUAACCCUGAAUUGGACAAUGGUUGGGAUAUCUUCAACGCUUUGCUUGGAUGGCAAAACACUGGUUACUUGUCCUCGAUGCUUUGUUACAAUAUUUAUUGGUUGGUGUUGAUGAUCGUUGUCGGUUUGAUGAUAUACGAGGAGAAGAGAGGUCAUUUGCCAUUUGCCAAGAACUUGAAAUUGAGACAAUUGAACCCAGGUUACUGGAUAAAGAACAAGAAGAAGAACGAAUUGACUGAAGAACAGAAGGAAGAAUUGUUCCAAAAGAUGGAAAAUUUGAAAUUCGAUGAAAACGGUGUUGUCGCUCAAGAGGCUCAACAAAAGCAACCUAUUGUUACAGAUCACAAGGUCGAACCCAUCGUGACAGAUCAUAAGAUUGAUGGCGAAUCACACCAACUAGCGGUUUCAUCAACCAUUUCAGACAAAUAG